CGAGUAUCCUACAAAUAUCAACGACGGUUAUGGAUCAGUUUCAAAAGAAAUUCUCUGUUGAAGACAUCCCUGACCUGGCUGGCAAGGUCAUCAUAGUCACUGGAGGUGCCACAGGAAUAGGUAAACAGACGGUAGAGCAACUAUUGAGCCACAAUGCCAAAGUAUAUGUCGCUUCUCGAUCAAAAGAAAAAUUUGAACAACUUUUCAACCACAUUGAGUCAGCCGAUCCGCAUAUGGCAGCAGGCUUGAACUUCCUCGAGCUUGAUUUAUCGGAUGCAACGAGUUGCAUCUCUGCGGCAAAGCACUUCGCUGAGCUUGAAGGAAGACUUGAUGUCCUUAUUGCGAACGCGGCAUUAGCUGUUGUACCAGAGACAUUGUCAAGUGAUGGAAUUGAGAUACAGUUUGGUACAAACUACUUUGGCCAUUUUGUCUUCACGCACAACCUUCUGAACCUGAUUCAAUACACGUCCGAAGCAUUUGGCGAAGCGAGGAUUGUCAUUGUUUCAUCGCAUGCUCAUGCCAUGUAUAAACCGGUUCUACCGGAAAAAAUCGACUUUGAAGGGUUAAGGAUGGAGGGAUCGAAGACUAUACAGAGCUUUGCCCAGGUGCAAGCUAGCUUGCAAAGAUAUGCACGUUCAAAGCUGGCAAAUAUAUUAUUUGCUCGGCGGCUCCACGCCCACUUUCAGACCACGGGCCAUUCCAACAUUCUUGUCAAUUGCCUCAACCCAGGCACAGUCGGCACUGCUCCUGGAACCGACUCAGCUGCGCUUCCGCCAAUUUUCAAGUUCCUCAACUCUUCGGUCGUCCGAUGGAUGAGCAUACCACCAGAGGACGGUGCUCUGACAACGCUGCUACUGGCUACAGACCCCGAGAUCAAGACAAAGUCAUUGAGUGGGCGGUACUUUGACGUUGGGCCUCUUGCUGGAAAGUUCUACUAUGGCUAUAGUUGGGAUGCCACAGACUCGAAAUUAUCUGAUGUUGCAAAGGAUGAGCAUCUCUCUGAGACACUAUGGAAGUGGAGUCUACAAGCGGAGGCGUCAAUUGGGCUUGCGAGACAGGCUACAGGCCAAGGACCCAGCUAG